GACUGAGAGCCGGUAGGGAGGCGGGGACCUGAAACCUGGAUUUGGCAGGAGGGCAGGACACCCCGGAAUUACAUCCCAAUGGGGUUCCUGUGGGAAGACCUGGAUUCCUAACCUGAGACAUAUCUGUUUUCUCACUUCUUACUACUUUGAUUCCCACCUUCAAUUAGAAGUGAGUCGCCUUGUUUUCUGCAUAACCCUUAUUUUUGGCACUGCGCUUGUGGGCAUCUCCUGUGAACUAUGCCUAAAGUUGUGUCCCGGUCAGUUGUCUGCUCCUACACCCGAGACCGGGAGGAAUAUGAGGACGGCGAGAAGCCCCUCCACAUCUACUACUGUUUGUGUGGCCAGAUGGUUCUGGUGCUGGACUGUCAGUUGGAGAAAUUGCCCAUGAGGCCCCGGGAUCAGUCCCGGGUGAUUGAUGCUGCCAAACACGCCCACAAGUUUUGUAACACAGAAGACCAGGAGACUAUGUAUCUUCGCAGGCCUGAAGGCAUUGAACGACAGUACAGAAAGAAGUGUGCGAAGUGCGGACUGCCACUCUUCUACCAGUCCCAGCCAAAGAAUGCUCCUGUGACCUUUAUUGUGGAUGGAGCAGUAGUCAAGUUUGGCCAGGGUUUUGGGAAAACGAAUAUAUAUACUCAGAAGCGAGAGCCUCCUAAGAAGGUGAUGAUGACCAAACGGACUAAAGACAUGGGCAAGUUCAGCUCUGUCACUGUGUCUACUAUUGAUGAAGAGGAAGAGGAGAUUGAGGCCAGGGAGAUUGCUGACUCGUAUGCACAGAAUGCCAAAGUGAUUGAAAAACAGCUGGAGCGCAGAGGCAUGAGCAAAAGGCGGCUGCAAGAGCUGGCGGAACUAGAAGCCAACAAAGCCAAAAUGAAGGGGACUUUGAUUGACAACCAGUUCAAAUGAUUAGGACUUUUCUCUGAACCCAGACUAAAGGCAAGCAUUUAGACCAGGAGGCGAAAGAACUUUUUCUUGACUGCAUGGACUGGUUCCUACCUUUAUGCCCCAGCAAAAAGCCGUAUGUUGCUCCCUACAUUCAGUGAGGUCUUUGAGUCCAUCUGACCUACUUUCUAGAAAUGAAUUUUAAAAAUACAUGGAUCUUCUGUACUAUUUUUUUGUCCAUUUGAUGUCAACUUCUUUAGUUGUAUAGAAACUCCAUGAGUAGACUAGUGCUUGAGUGUCUUUAGUUUCUAAAGUAGCUGUUCUUUAAUAAAAUAUUUAAAGAUUUUUUUUUUGGGGGGGGGGGAUGAGUCAUAUUAGUUUUUUUCUGUUCAUUUUUCCUAUCCAUCUCUAUUCCAGGCUAUAUUCAUUUUUUUUUUUCUGAAGAAUGAUCAUUCUUCUUUAAAUAAAGUUUUUAUUCACCUCUGAAUAAUGAACAUUAUAACGUUAGGGAAUUGUGGGACCAUUUUUUUAAUAUGAGUAUUAUGCCAACUUAAAAGAAAAUCAGUGCCAGAAUAUCAGGGGAAAUGAUCAAUUUUCUGUCCUCAUCCUCUUGGACCAACCAUUAAAAUUGACCCACUUAACCACUUGCUUCUUGAAAUAGUUUUCAGUUGGCUUCUAAAAUAGCACAUGCUCUACGUUUUCCUUCUUCCUU